AUGUUGGCAAACGAUGUGGCGAUUAUCUUCGUUGUUGUCUAUGCAGUGGAGACUGCAUUGAUCAUCUUUGGAAACGCGUUCACCAUCUUUGUUUUCUCAACUUUGACUCGGACAUCGCACAUAAAAAGAACUUGUUAUCUCUUGAUAAAUCUGGCCGUUGCUGACCUAUUUGUGGGUAUUACAGAGCCCAUAGUUCUAGGGACGAGCAAGUUCCAUGAAAUGACGGCGACAACGUCAAAACAGUCAAAAAAGACGGGAAUGAACGAAAGAAAGCCCCUGAAGGGAAAAAGUGAAACUGAUCUACCAGAAGCAAUGCAACUUUUUGCAUUAAGUGCAUCAGUGUUUUUUCUCGCCCUCAUUUCGCUCGAGCGCGCUUUUGCUGUGUUAAAACCGUUGCGUCAUCGUGUUGCUAGCACUCGCGUUUACAUCUACAGUAUUGUCGUCGUAUGGGCUGUAGGAAUUUUCAUAUUUGGUCUGCUGGUUCUUAUGUAUUAUAUCGACCAAAAGAUGGAGCUGAGGACUCUUUAUGUUGCUGUACAUAUUUGCCUUUUCAUCUCUAUUCUGGUGAUUUGUGCGAGCUACCUCAAAAUACGAGCACGAUUGAGUAGCACUGCACCCGAAGUAGCUGUUGUCAACAGCCGUCAAACCACUCAGCACAACGUGCGACUUUCAAGGACUCUCUUCGUGGUGAUCGCUUUGUCGCUUCUGUUUUGGCUGCCAGCGUUUGCUCUUUUCAUAGGUAUGUACAUCUGCCACUGUAAUUUUCACCCAUACAUGAAGUGGACGGUCGAUGUUUUAAUUCUUGCCAAUUCUUUGGUUAACCCAUUCGUGUACAGCUUUAGGAUGCCGUUAUUCAAAGAAGCGUUGGAGAAAUUGUCGAGAAAACGAAUGAGACAUAUCGAGGCUACAAGUCGGGGUUUGAGUCUAUUUCCUACUCCGAGGAUAAAUGACACCAGUUUCUCGGCUGCCGCAACGUGUAGGGGUUCUCAGUUAAAGCCCUGUACGGAAAGUGGAGAUCAGCAUAUUACAGCGAGUUCACCGAAGCUUUCACCUGCAGUCAGCACUGCUUGCAAUGGUGCAAGACAAGCAACUACUCCUUUGACAUCCAUAGUGACCCGAUUAUAGGCGAAACACACACAUGAACAGCUGAAUAAGGCCUGCGCAAAGGCUUCGGCUCUGCGGAGAAUACGUAAGUUCAUUUCUAAGGACGUAUUAGUUCGUCUCUACAAGGCUUAUGUUCUCCCUCACCUAGAGUACUUUAGUCCCCUUUUACUGGGAGUAGGCAAUGCAGAGACUACCAAAAUAGAGACAACUAAUUAUUUUAUGUUAAGAACUAUAUUAGGCUAUUCGAAGUCUGUGUCAUAUGACUUCCUCCUCAAGAUGGCUGAUAUCAAGUCCUUGGAGAGACUUAGGCAAUUCCAAUCUUUAGUUAUGUUAUACCGUCCGAUGCUUGUAUGACAAGGGGGCACCUUAUAUCAGUGAAUUUUUUAAUUUUAAGGAUGUACCGUACAACUUACUUGGGCUUAGCACAAGGCUAGAUCUACCUCCCUUUAAUCUGGAGUUUAUGCAUCGAUCCUUUACAUUUUAAGCCAGCAAACUUUGGAAUGUGUUACCUCCAAAAGUUAGAGAAUCACAAGACAUUGCGUCAUCUAAGCAAUCUCUUAAAGCUCACAUGGCUUAGGGUGUAGUGCUUGUAAAUUUUGUAAAUAGCUUUAGUUUUAGAUUCUGCUUUUAGCCAUUUUGUAGAUCUAUUUAUAGUUAGUAUUUUUACAGUAGUAAUGUAUAGGUUGCGAGCAUAAUUUUUUUUUUAAAAUUUUUAAUUUUCUAAUUUGUACACACGUACACGUUUUAACGAGAACUUUAGUGCUCCUGGGUGUUGCGUGUCAAAAUAAAGGAUUUGAUUUGAUGACGCUAUUGUUUACAAUUUUGCUCAUUAGCUAACUAACUAAGUCUGACUAAGUAACUAACUAACUAACGAACUAACUUACCAACUUGGUUAGGUAGUUCAGUCGUUAGUUAGUCUGAUUAGUUGGUCAGUUGGUUGAACAAACUAACCUACUAACUAACGAGCGUACGAACUAACUAACUGACUAACUGUUUUGCAUUCCGCCCAAAUCUAAGGCGUUACUGCGUGGACAUAUUUAAAUAGCGAUUAUUGCCCCUGCAGGGAUUUCGCCCAGAAGGCGAAAUCCCAAGGAGGCACUCUAGUAACUCACGCGUAUAUUAAGGAAAGUACUUAUACCUGGAGUUAUGAAAACCGGGUUAGCAAACAUUUUGUACUUUUUCUUAACUUCCCCAGUCUAAUAGCUUGUUUACUGUGUUGUUUGCUUAUGUCAUUUCUUUUUCGCUUGUUUUGUGGUUAGGGAUUUGUGUAGACGUGGAUGUAGAAAGAAUUACUUUUCCCCCCCCGUUUUUUUCGCUACCCACAAUUCUUUGUUUAACACAAGUGACAGUUAUUUGAAAUAAGUGCGCGCCUAAAGCUGGUUUCGGUGCCGUUUAGCAGUUUAGUGUUAGAUACUGGUCACCUUGAGAAACGUUUUCCGGAGAGCGUCAUGUAAAGCUCUGAGAUGGGACAAAGUUAUUACGAUUCGCAGAGUCUGCACAUUGAUCAUCUUUGGAAACGCGUUCACCAUCUUUGUUUUCUCAACUUUGACUCGGACAUCGCACAUAAAAAGAACUUGUUAUCUCUUGAUAAAUCUGGCCGUUGCUGACCUAUUUGUGGGUAUUACAGAGCCCAUAGUUCUAGGGACGAGCAAGUUCCAUGAAAUGACGGCGACAACGUCAAAACAGUCAAAAAAGACGGGAAUGAACGAAAGAAAGCCCCUGAAGGGAAAAAGUGAAACUGAUCUACCAGAAGCAAUGCAACUUUUUGCAUUAAGUGCAUCAGUGUUUUUUCUCGCCCUCAUUUCGCUCGAGCGCGCUUUUGCUGUGUUAAAACCGUUGCGUCAUCGUGUUGCUAGCACUCGCGUUUACAUCUACAGUAUUGUCGUCGUAUGGGCUGUAGGAAUUUUCAUAUUUGGUCUGCUGGUUCUUAUGUAUUAUAUCGACCAAAAGAUGGAGCUGAGGACUCUUUAUGUUGCUGUACAUAUUUGCCUUUUCAUCUCUAUUCUGGUGAUUUGUGCGAGCUACCUCAAAAUACGAGCACGAUUGAGUAGCACUGCACCCGAAGUAGCUGUUGUCAACAGCCGUCAAACCACUCAGCACAACGUGCGACUUUCAAGGACUCUCUUCGUGGUGAUCGCUUUGUCGCUUCUGUUUUGGCUGCCAGCGUUUGCUCUUUUCAUAGGUAUGUACAUCUGCCACUGUAAUUUUCACCCAUACAUGAAGUGGACGGUCGAUGUUUUAAUUCUUGCCAAUUCUUUGGUUAACCCAUUCGUGUACAGCUUUAGGAUGCCGUUAUUCAAAGAAGCGUUGGAGAAAUUGUCGAGAAAACGAAUGAGACAUAUCGAGGCUACAAGUCGGGGUUUGAGUCUAUUUCCUACUCCGAGGAUAAAUGACACCAGUUUCUCGGCUGCCGCAACGUGUAGGGGUUCUCAGUUAAAGCCCUGUACGGAAAGUGGAGAUCAGCAUAUUACAGCGAGUUCACCGAAGCUUUCACCUGCAGUCAGCACUGCUUGCAAUGGUGCAAGACAAGCAACUACUCCUUUGACAUCCAUAGUGACCCGAUUAUAG